AUGUCUUCCAUUAAGACAACACUCCCUUUGGUAGCUAUGGCAGCUGCCUGGUUGGCCAUGGCAGCUUCUUGUGACUGCUACCUCAUUGAUGGUGCAUACCCGACAUACUACAAAUCUCACGGCUUCUGGGAUUUCCGCUCCUUGACCCAGUAUGUCGGUGUGCCUCCUGUCCUGGACUCCAUUGACGCCAACAAGAACGCAGACUUCAGCAGCUCUUACUUCAGCUGGGAGUCGGACGGCGACAGCACAUUCAUGACUAUGAGAACCGCUCGCCUCCCCAAAUUUCAGACAUCUGCUGAGUUUGAGAGCAUGGAUCUCUUUGAUCAUGCCUCCAUAAGAAUGCAUUCGCGCGCAAUCGGUUCCCCUGGCGCAUGUACAGCCGUGUUCACCUACCGCGAGGCAAACUCUCUCAAAGAUGUGCAAGAGUCGGAUAUCGAGAUCCUGACCAGCGACCCCAAAACAUCAAUCCAAUACACCAACCAGCCGUCCUAUCUCGAAGAUGGUACCAUCAUCGAUGGUGCAUCCAACAACAUCUCUGUCUCCGCCCCCUGGAACGAGUGGUCCACGCAGAGGCUAGACUGGACUCCUGGUCGUACUACCUAA